CUGACGAACAACACAAUAGCGUCUCGUCUCAGCUCUCAAAACCUCGCGAACAACCCCCGUGAACGACCAACCCACCCAUCUUCGCGCUUCGCACCAACCCCGACGGCGAUGACCGGCACGGUGUCCAAGCUGGCUGCGCCCAGGCCGGCGGCAGCGGCGCUCCCGCCGGCGUCCUUCCGCCCGGCCGCCCUCGCCUUCGCCCCCUCCGCCCGCCGGGUCCGCGUCUCCCUCGCCGGCCGCGCCAGGAGCCCAAUCAUUGCGAUGGCUUCUGCCAAGGAAGGGAACGGUGCCCCGACCAAGAGGACCACGCUUCACGAUCUCUACGAGCUUCAGGGCCUGUCCCCGUGGUACGACAACCUCUGCCGUCCUGUCACCGACUUGCUGCCCCUUAUCGCCAGCGGUGUUCGUGGAGUCACCAGCAACCCUACGAUUUUCCAGAAAGCCAUUUCAUCGUCCAGCGCGUAUGAUGAGCAGUUCAAGCAGCUCAUAUCAGCCGGAAAGGAUGCAGAGAGCGCUUACUGGGAACUCGUUAUAAAGGAUAUCCAAGACUCGUGUAAACUUUUCGAGCCUAUCUACAACGAGUCCGAUGGAGCUGAUGGGUAUGUCUCCGUGGAGGUGUCUCCUAGGUUGGCAAAUGACACUCAAGGAACUGUUGAAGCUGCAAAAUGGUUACACAAAGUGGUCAACCGGCCCAAUGUCUACAUAAAGAUCCCUGCUACUGCGGAAUGUGUUCCUUCUAUCCGGGAAGUCAUCUCUAAUGGCAUAAGCGUCAAUGUCACUCUUAUCUUCUCAAUUACAAGAUAUGAGGCUGUGAUUGAUGCUUACCUUGAUGGGCUUGAGGCUUCUGGUUUGAGUGACUUAUCCCGAGUAACCAGUGUAGCAUCCUUCUUUGUCAGCCGAGUCGACUCCCUUAUUGACAAAAUGCUCGAGAAGAUUGGAGCACCUGAGGCGCUUGACCUGAGAGGAAAGGCUGCUGUAGCACAGGCGAAACUAGCAAAUCAGCUGUACCAGAAGAAAUUCUCUGGCCCAAGGUGGGAGGCUUUGGCCAAGAAAGGUGCCAAGAAGCAGAGGUUGUUGUGGGCAUCAACCGGUGUCAAGAAUCCUGCUUAUCCCGACACCCUUUAUGUGGACAGUCUCAUUGGACCUGACACGGUCAACACGAUGCCCGACCAAGCUUUGCAGGCAUUCAUAGACCAUGGCACUGUUUCAAGGACAGUCGAUGCAAAUGUGUCUGAGGCGGAAGGUGUAUACAGCGCCCUGGAGAAGCUGGGUAUCGAUUGGGUUGAGGUCGGGAAGCAGCUUGAGCAGGAAGGUGUGGACUCCUUCAAGAAGAGCUUUGACAGCCUGCUUGCGAGUCUGCAGGAGAAGGGUAACACCCUCAAGACGACAAAUGUGUAGGCGCACAAAUAAAUUGAAAUGGUUUGGUACCCGGCAGGUGAACGAUUACUAAAUAAAUGCUAGCUUGCGGGCUCUCCUCUUAGUUUUGUGAUGUACGGUUGUUCUCAAUUUUCUUGAUCAGCUUUGUAUUCUAGGCUUGCCUCGUCAUUGUGUAACCAAGGUUCAUGGCUUGUAACUGCUAUGCGCUAUCCGAUAAAUAUUUUUGAGCAAGUUAUUUGAGUCUGGAUAUACCAUGUUUGUUUUUAA